UCGGUCUAACAGCGACAGAUCCAAUGCAAAAUGCAUCGCCCUCGCCAACCCUCUUGACGGCCAGCGUUGCCAACAGAAUAGGAACGGCAAAAUGGAAGCUGACUGACUCGGGCUUCUAUCAUGCAUUUGCGCGCCCGAAACCGCUCGUGUAGCCGCCUUGCAUAUAAGAGACCUCAUGGCUGCAGCAAAUGGCCUUACGAAUCUACGGACGUCGUCGGACGCUGGCAGUCAUGGUGCGCUAUGGGGAUGCCACCCCCUUCAUAAUCUUGGGACUUUAUCUUUCCCCGGUUGCCGAUGCCAGGAUUCGUCGAACCCCCGGCGUACGCAAGUUGCCAUAUCAGUACGAAGGACCAAUCGUCGAUAAAAGCGGGGCCGAGCUUCCACCGCUGGAUACCACAUACUAUUUCGAUCAAUUGAUCGACCAUAAUAACCCGAGCCUCGGAACAUUCGAGCAGCGUUACUGGCAUACUUGGCAGUUCUAUGAAUUCGGCGGUCCCAUAGUUCUCACGACACCUGGGGAGCAAAAUGCCGACGGAUUUGAGACUUUUCUGACAAACGCUACUAUUGUCGGACAAAUCGCAGAGCAGCAGAAUGGCGCAACAAUCGUGCUUGAGCAUCGCUACUACGGCGAAUCGAACCCGUUCAACGACCUGUCCGUCGCGAGUCUCGAGUACCACACAAUCCAGCAGGCUAUCGAUGAUCUCGUAUAUUUUGCCCAAAACGUUAAGUUGCCAAUGCCUGGCGGAGACCAAGUCACGCCGGACCAAGCACCGUGGAUUCUCGUCGGAGGGAGCUAUGCCGGUGCAUUGACCAGCUUUACAAUGGUCAAUAAGCCUGGAGUGUUUUAUGCUGCGUGGUCAUCAUCCGGCGUCGUCGAGAGCAUUGUAAACUACUGGGGAUAUUAUGAUGUAAUUCGCCAGCACAUGCCGCAAAACUGCUCUGCGGACAUACAGAAUGUGAUCAAAUAUAUCGACGAAGUCUUGUUGUCUAAUGACGCGGUCGCCAUCGACUUCGUGAAGAACACGUUCAACUUGAAUUUGGCGCACCUCGACGAUCUAGCAGCUGCUCUACAGUACCCGGUAGCGGAAUGGCAGGAACUUCAGCCUGCUCCCGAACUGACGGAUCUCACAUUCUUUGGUUUCUGCGACGCAUUGGAAGUGCAGGAUGGAGCAAGCGCUCCGGAAGGCGGGUGGGGCGUUAAUCACGCUUUACCUGCCUGGGGAUCCUGGUGGCAAAACAAAUACUAUCCGAGUUCCUGUGGAGACUUGAGUGCCGAAGACUGCUUCGGCACCUAUGAUGCCUCUUCGUCGAGAUAUACUGACGUCGCCGUCGACAACGCGGAACGUUCCUGGUACUGGAUUGUCUGUAACGAGAUGGGUUUUUUCCAAGGUGGCGCACCCAAGGAUACUCCGAGUAUUGUCUCUCGCUUGGUGCAACCGAUUUGGUAUGAGCGUCAAUGUGUCAACUAUUUCCCAGAGGCCUUCAGCAGUCCUCCUACACCGCAAGUCAACGUGACAAACCAGGAUUACAACGGAUGGUUCGUGCAAGCCGAUCGGCUGUUUUUCGCAAAUGGCGAACGCGACCCGUGGCGGGAUGCAUCAAUGUCUGCUGAUGGCACGAACUUCGCUAGCACCUCCCAGCAACCUAUUGCCGUGGGAGAUGGGUUCCACUGUUCCGACAUGUACGCAGUCAACGCAGAAGCCGAUUCGACGAUCGCUGCUGUGCAAAGUGCUGGUCUGGAGGCGAUGAAGGGCUGGUUAGCUGACUGGCAAGCUCCAACUCGCUGAAGUUGGUCAGCAGAGUCCGAAGGCGAUACAACGUAUUUAUGUGUGUAUCCAGAGUUCCUAAUUUGUUCGAUGGUGUCUUCUGCUGUUCACAGGAAUGUUUAAUAGAUGACAUCUAUACCCUGCUCGAAAUUCACGUCCCGUUUGCAUGCACACGUAAUGACUAGAGCUCAGGCAACAUCACAGUUCGGGGGGUCCCCGACUCAGCUGACUACUGCUCUCGUCAUCGUCGCGCUGAUAUGAUGCAUGUUGUAAUUUAGGACGCAUAUUGGGACUCUAAUAUAGGCUCAGGCUACUGUGCCGUCUUUCGG